AUGAGGCUCUUGGCACUCCUGAUGGCGCUGCUAGGUAUCCUGCGCGUGUACGGGGGCUUCCCCUACACAUGGUCCUUCGCGCCUCCGAGGCUGACUAAACUCAAAUAUUUAGUCUGCGUUUCGGUGGUAUUUGGAUUCGUCGCCUUGACGGCGGUGGUAUCAGAGGCAGUGCUUUACGAGUCGGAAUACCAUUUCAUUCGUGAGGAAACGAGCAGAACGACAAUCGUCAUCAUGAACAGGACGAAACAGUUCACGCUGUUCUUUCUGAUCGGUCAUUGCGUGUGCAGGAGCCACCUGUUGGCAGACAUGCUUUUUGGGCUGUACCGUUUACCAGUCGAGCAAAGGCAAGCGCUUACGAAAACUGAUUUGGCGAUGUCGUCAGCCACAGUGAUAGCAGCUAUACUUCAUCACACUUCGAUGAUAUACAUCCGAGCCAUUGUCAACAGGUCGUAUACGACGAAUGGAAGAAUGAUAUUCUCUAUUUCGUUUGAAGCUAUUAUUGGAAGCCUCAUAUUUAUCAUUCCUCUGAUUCUAUUCUUGACUAUCAGGGUUCUGAGUUCAUCCCUUGAAGAUAGAGUUUCCAUGUCGCCUUUCUUUGAAUCGGCUCUGCGGCUGAACAGCAAGCACAACAUUUUGAAGAUCGAAGACAAACACGACGAUCAUUCCAACGCUGACUGCAGGACGAGGUUUUGCUCUUCCCUUUCACAAGUGCUUCAGGAGCCCUUUGCCUUAACGCCUCGGUCAAUCAACGUCGCUGAUCUUAAGGACUUCACGACGUUCAUCUUCCGCUACAACGUCAUCCUAGAGAAAGCCAUUGAUUACAUGCAGCUGUCUGUGGUUAUCCUUCUCUUGAACGAGUUUGUCUCUCUGUCGGUCCUGGUGUUCUUGGUGGUCUCUGGAGUCGAGGAAGACUGGAGCUUCGUCUUAGGAACACUCUUCGCCCUCGGGAGUCUUCUUCGGGCUUCCCUCGUCAUCUGUGCGCCUGCGAGUCUUGUCAGCACGCUGGCGAGCCUUGCAAUGCUAUCACUGAAGCGCCGUCCGUUCGAUAAGUUCGUGAUAUGGUGGCGUUAUAAUUAUAUGACAGGUAGUCGGUAG